UCACGUCGCAAAGCAUCUUGGGAUUUGUGGCGGGUUUACUGGCGGCUUCCUUAAAACCUGCACAUUUGUACAUGUUUUUAGCGCGCAAACUUUCUGGCCAUCAGCAACAAUGGGGCGCAGAUGUUGUGUGGUGGGUUGCGACAGUAAGUCUCACCACUGGUCUGGUAGAAAAUUGUCCAACGGACUGAAAUAUUUCAGUUUUCCCGCUUGGAAAAGGCAUCAGGGGAGCGCAAUCUCGGUAAUGACAAAGAGACGCCGAAUGGCUUGGAUUGCUCCCAUUAAACGAAAGUCAGUCUCUUUCGAUAAUAUUCCCAAGACGAUGUUCGUUUGUUCCAGGCAUUUCCAUAAGGGCAAACCAGCUUACGAGAUCUCAGACUGUGAUCCAGACUGGGUUCCAACCCUUCAUCUGGGAUACACAAAAACCUCUGCAGAAAGUAGUAGUGCAGACCGGUAUAAACGCAGACUCCAAAGACAUCAGACUACUAAAGAACUUGGUCCUCCUUCAGCUACUGAUCCUGCCACUGAGUCACCAAUGCCUGUUGAGCCAUCCUCAAAUGCUACAUCUUCUCCACACUGCAAGACCUUGACUUCAGAACUUGAUUUUAAUCGCAGAGAUUUUGGACCAACACUGCCGUCUUCAUCGCUUCCAUCUUCUCCACCUGCUCCUUCACCUGCAUCUUCUCCUUGUGCUUUUUGCACAAAGACACAGUUUGAAAUGGACAACUUAAGAGAGGAGAACAGAAAACUGAAGAAGCAGCUGGCCAAACAUAAAAUGGAUGAACAAUUUCUUAAAAGUAGUGAAACUAAGGUGAAAUACUACACUGGUUUACACUGUUUCAGUGUGUUUAUGGGUAUUCUGGCACAGAUACUACCAUGUCUUCCAUCACGUCGUAAACUCUCACCUUUUCAAAUGUUGCUUCUUACUCUGAUGUGUCUCAGACUCAACUUGCCCAUUCAGAAUUUAGCUUAUUUGUUUGACGUUGAUUGUAAAACUAUCUCCGACACAUUCAGAGACACAAUUUCUGUUAUGUACACACACCUAAAGCCACUAGUACACUGGCCAGAGAGACAUUGUUUGCGGGAGACCAUGCCACACCAAUUUGUGGAGGCUUUUGGUAGUCGUGUGGCCGUUAUAGACUGUUUCGAAAUUGGAAUUGAGAGAGCAUCUAAUGUAAAAGCUAAUGCACAGACUUUUUCACACUAUAAACACAAACACACACUCAAAUAUCUCAUUGGCAUAACACCACAGGGGGCUGUUUCUUUCAUCUCAACAGGGUGGGGGGGCAGUGUAAGUGAUAAAGAGCUAACAGAAGACUGUGGCAUUUUAAAUAGAUUACUACCUGGCGAUUUAGUUUUGGCCGACCGUGGGUUUGAUAUCGCAGAUAGUGUUGCACUGGUAUGUGCUGAAGUCCAAGCACCUGCUUUCACCUGCGGCCGUAGUCAGCUUGAUGCCAUUGACAUGGAGGAGACCAGAGAGCUUGCACACCUCAGAGUCCACGUGGAGAGAGUAAUCGGAGUUGUUUGUCCAAAAUAUUCUUUACUUAGUUCUACUGUACCUGUGAACCUGGUGGUUCGUUGUGAAGGUGAGGACCGAGUUCUUCUCGACAAAAUUGUUUGUGUGUGUUGUGCCUUAACUAAUACAUGCCCAAGUGUUGCUGUGAAAUUGUAAGGAGUGGUCAUGUGUUAACUAUUUGCUUAUUAUGAAUAUCGAGUCCUUUUUCUAUUCAGAUAAGCUUGAUGUAUGCAAUAUCCUAAUUUUUUUUCUUUUCAACAUGUUCAUAACUCAAUUGAUGCACUAUCAGCAAAAAUGUACAUAAAUGUGUUUUUUAAAACCAGUCAGUUCAAAAUAUGUAAUGCACUGAAGAGAAAUCACAAGUUGUACUGUUUUCUAAUAAACAUUUUAUUUUGUUCAUAA